AUGGCCGACAUUAAACCCCCCUUCACAAAAGAAACCGCCCACAAGAAAGUCAAGGCGGCUCAGAAUAUGUGGAAUACCCAGGACCCCUCACGAGUCGCACUAGCAUAUACGCCAGAUUGUAUCUGGCGUAACCGUACAUCUUUCCUAUCAGGGACUGAGAAAAUUAUUGAAUUCCUGACAGCCAAAUGGGGCCGAGAACAGAACUAUCGACUUCGGAAAGAGCUUUUUGCAUUUACUGAUGAUCGGAUUGCUGUACAAUUUUGGUAUGAAUAUCAGGAUGUUAGCGAUGGGAUGCGGUGGAAGAGAUGUUAUGGAUUGGAGGAUUGGACUUUCGAUUGGGAGAGUGGGAAGAUGUGCAAGCGCAUGAUGAGUGGGAAUGAUCUCCUUCUUGGACCGGAUGGUAAUGGGGAGGGAAGGUGGUUUGUUGAAGGGGUUGAUGUGAAUGAUGUUUUGAUUAGUGGAGAGCAUUGGUAG